AUGUGCUUGCUUUUGAGAAAAUCAGUACUCUUCAGAUUAGGACUAGGAAUAAUUACCAUGUUUAUUUUAUGUUUACCUGAAUUUUUCAAAAUCCAUGAAGCUAACACUGUAAUUGUGUCAUGUGUGGAUACCUGUUCAUCAAAUAACACCACUUUUCCACUUUGUACGUUUAAAAACUCUUGCAAAAGAUCAGCACAACAAAGAAGAGAAAACCAGACUAUUUUACUGAAGGCCAUUGUAAAUAAUUCCAAUUUCCAAAAUAUUGUGUGUAUUUGCCAGUCCUCCAGGAAGGAACAACAGUCAAAUACUAAACACACGGAGUGUGAUUCCAAGAGUGAUGUGAAUGUUGAUCAUCAAGUAUCAGAGUCAGUAGCUAAAAAAAAAGAAGUAGAAUGUAAUACUUAUUGCCUGCUGGAAAUCCACAUCAAUAAUUCUAUAGUCGGAGGAAGAAAUGCAGCCAAAGAAUACCUGAAUCAUUCCUGUCUAGUGGCAAUGAUGGAAGACCAAAACGACUGUAUAAAUACCUCACUGCAACUGAAGUCUUACAUGGAAUAUCCAAUGUGUAUGACGAAGAUCAUUUGGCUCACUAUGAUUCCAGUAGUUUUUGUGUUUACUAUUUCAGUCGUCAUCUACAAAAUAGUCCAAGAAAAUGAACAAAACUAUUGUCAACAAAGAGUAGCAGCAGUUUCUACUAUUCUAAGAAGAAAGAGUUCUAGACAUGAAAGAAGAACCAUAUCUGCUACUAAAAUUCAUCCUUUUGCUGUGAAAACCAGCAAACAACAGAUUCCACUUGCUGCACAGACCACAAAGAUACUGCCUGUAAUUCCUGAACAAGAGCAUUGUCAUGUGGGUGCAUCAGCUGUAGAAGGUUCAAGUCUUAACCAUACAUUAAAACAAAAACUCCUCUCAGUACGAAAGAGCUCACAGAAUCAGAUUGCUGAGCACAUUCCGGAGUACUCGGCACAAUUAUUGGGCUCUGUAUAA